AUGGAUAUUUUUCCGAAAUGGAAACUCUUCUUAUGGAAGAUACUCAAUCAUGCUUUGCCAACAACAGAUAAUUUAAUCAAAAGGAAGAUCAGAGAAGUUAACCCUAUCUACUGCUUGUGCAACAUGCAAGACGAAACUAUGACCCAUCUCUUUAGGGAUUGCGAAAUAACCCAAAGAAUCUGGAGAUCCUCUAUGGGUAUUACAGCAAACCAGGGUACUCAUCUUUUGAUACCAGAAUGGAUCAAAAACUUCCUCAACCUCUUCAGAAAAAGGAAAAAGGAGAACAGAGAUAUUAUGGAAAUUGAAUUCAUUUCUACCCUCUGGGGAAUCUGGCUUCACAGAAAUGAAGUCAUCUUCAAAGAUAGCUCCACAAAUCCUAAAAGGAUCAUGGAGAUUACCAAAGAAAACAUCAUGAGAGCGAAGAACAGAAGGUCACAAAGAGAUUCUCGUUUAGAGGAAAACGUUGAAGCAAACAACAAAGAGCCUGAUUGGGAAGUGGGCCAAAAAAGAUCGAUAAACGUUCAAUCACUGGUGGUUGAUGGAGCUUGGAAGAAGAACGCAAAGUCUAAUCAGUGGCAAGCAGCUAUAGCCUGGAAAAACUUAAACAAUGACCCAAGAGAAGAAUUUGUAGGGAAAAUUUUUGCUACCUCUCCAGUCCAAACGGAAGCCUACGCAGUUAUGAAAGCUCUUUCGGACAUGCAGUGGCGUUGCUCAGAACUAAUCAUCAAAACAGACAAUCGAGAGAUAAUUCAAGCUCUCAAGAACCCAAGAGAAACAAAUAAGGAUAUAGACAACAUCAUCAAAGACAUUAGGCGACUAGCUAAUAGUUUCAACUUCGUUUGCUGUAAGAAAGUAAAAAGAGAAGAAGUCAACUUAGCACAUAACCUAGCUAUUAAAGCUAGGAAAAGCUAA